AUGACAACAUAUUAUCAGUACGGAAUGGAGGGGCUGAUUACGGCUUCCACAGUAGAUCCCGUCUCCCAAUACGCACAUGAAUACCUUGGACAUGACAUGAUCGAGUGUGAAGGAGACAUAGUUGGAACCUUUCUCGCUCGUCGUCGUGCGAUAGUUUACCCCGCAUAUGCCUCCCAGCAGGCAGAUCAUCUCCAAGUACCUACGUUACAGGGCCAAGGACAACAAUGCGGCGGUGGCGGGGUCCCUGAUCGAUCCCAUCAAGACUGCGGGUUUGGAGAAGGCUAUGACUCACCGAAUUAUGCAGGAAACUCUAAAUUUGACUACCCAAGAAUCAUGAGCCAUGUCGAUUGGACGAGAUGCUCAGGUUCAGAGCGCCAAUAUCCCGAUCCGGAACAUAUCCGCCACUUUCACACGCUGCAUAGCUUGCUACCAUACAUUCAGCCAGAACGCAAACUUAACUCACUGGACGGACCAGUAAUGGAGAUUGUCGAACAAGAUACCGGCUUCACCUUCGCAUACUCAGUUCCGAAGAAGUUGCUUGUUCUGUUUCUUGGCCGGCAGAUAGUCAUGAAGUUCAUGAAGACCGUCGAGCGCCAGGAUAACGAGAACUGGCGCGGUCCUCCCAUAUGCCAGGAGCUACAUCUGCCGCGAGGCCAAACUAGCAAAAUUGCGAUCAAGAUCAUAGUAUCGUGGAUGUUACGAGCCUGCAAGUAUCACACUAUGGAAAUCAUGAAGACUGUUCAGAUACCGAAAAAUACGUUCGCUGCUUGUUCUUUGGCUCAAACAAUGACUCUCUUGGGUCUCCACAAAGACGCCUCACGAGUAGACAUGUACAUCUCGCAGAAUCAUUUCGUUAAGCCCAUUUUCGCCGUGGAGUUAGAAACACUGUGGAAUUGCCUAGGAGAGCACAAUAGAUACGUCUACGCAGCUAUAAAGGUGGUUGGGAAGCGGCUCCAAGCAUACGACAAUGGCCAAUCUCGAGAGCUACCGGAUGCCGAUAAGAUGCUUGCCUUGUUAGAAAAGGAUUUGAGUCUCAACGCUCGGGUGCGUGAUCCAGAGCUCAACGAGAGGUACCAGCCGGUGUUCGGUACUGAAUGGAUGAAGAGGCUUGGUAACAUAGUUUCCACGAACGAAUCUGCCGAGGACCUGAAUGGGAUUAACAAAAUUGAGAUCCCCCGACAGAUGGGCAAGGGCACACAGUUGGCCAAUUCUCAAAAUAACAUCCUGCCAAACACCACACCAAAGACCAACCACAGGGUAGGUGUUCUGGGCAUUGUUUCGGAAACCAAUCUUUCAACGUAUGAUGGUUUAAGCACCAAUAGGAAGGAGAAUCGCAAAGAAAUGGGGUGGUAG